GUAAUGUGUUACAGUCAGCAUUUUGGUAUGGACUCAUUGUCCAUUUCAGGAUUUAUCCUAUAAUUUACUCUAUUCCUAUAAUCCUGGUUCUUGAUCCAAACUUCUUCCCAUCUGAUCAGAAACCUGUCCUAAGGAACUGGAAUGCUGUUCAGGGAGAGAGACCCAAAGAUGGGAAUGGCUGGCAUAAUUUACACAAUUUAUUUAGAAACAUAUUCACAAGGAACAGGUUGCUAUUUGGACUGGUCUCAGGAUUGGUUUUCCUCCUUUGUACCGGUCUUUUCUUCUGUUUGUAUGAAUGGGAAUUCCUACAUGAGGCGCUGUUGUACCAUCUUACUCGAACAGAUCCAAGGAUUUUCCAUUUUGCUUUUUUGUGCAGACUGUGGCAUUUGUGGCAUUCAAUAAG